AUAUAAACUCAUUCUCCCCCAAAAUCCGCGAAUAAACCAUUCAAAACCAUAACUCUCUACUUUGAUUCCUUCAAACUCUAAAUUCUUCCCCUCCCCAAUCUUAAAGAUCAAUAGAGUCCGCCAUGGAAGGAGGAACAGAAGCUUUUCCUGAUUUAGGCAAGCACUGCCAGUUUUUUGAUUGCCUUCAACUCGAUUUUCUUCCAUUCAAAUGCGACGGUUGUCAAAAGGUUUUUUGUCUUGAACAUCGAUCGUACAAAUCUCACGACUGUUCAAACUCCGAUCACAAUAGCAGGAAAGUUUUAGUCUGUGAAACAUGUUCGACUUCAAUCGAGAUUCCACGGAACAGCAAAGGUGGAGAAGAUGAGAUGAAUUUGAUUUUAAAAAAGCAUCAGAAAUCUGGAGAUUGUGAUCCGAAGAAGAAGMAGAAACCGACUUGUGGUGUUAGAAGGUGCAAGGAGAUUCUUACCUUUUCRAACACCAGUAGUUGCAAAUCGUGCCAGAUCAAGUUCUGCUUGAAGCACCGGUUCCAAUCCGAUCAUGCCUGCAAAAACAACCACCUGCCGAAGGCGGCUGCCGCUGGUCGUGUUGGCGGCGGUGCACGGCCUUUUCUGGUUGCUUUGGGUUCAAGAAACGGUCAAGAUUGUACGAAGAAGAACAAUGGUGCGACAUCAGCUUCUAAGCGGUCUACAUCUGUCAAAGCUUAUUGAGAUUGUUUACAGUUAUGUCAA